AUGAAUUGUGUCUUUUUUUUAUGCUUCUAUAUUUUCCUCAGUUCCGUUGUUCAUUUAAAGGUCCCUGUAGAAAAUGCUCCUUUUGUAUUUAACAAGAAGGAAAAUGAUAUAAAAUAUUUUCUGGAUAAAGAAACACCGGAUGAUUUAUUAUUAAACAAUUCUUAUUCAUUAGAUAUAACAUUAGAAAAUUUCCCCAAUCCUUUUUUUCACCCUUCCUUAUGUAAUAGAUAUGGAUUAAGGUUUUCUUAUAUAUGUGACCCUAAUAAAAUAUUAUCAAGAAAUAUAGCUGAUCAAAUUGAGGAAAUAUUGAAUUAUCAAAGGCGAAAUUCAAAACAUUAUUGUGUAGAUAAAGAAGUCCCAUACAUUUUAGGGGUAGCUCUAAUAAAUAAACUCCCCUAUGGAAUAAGUGCUGAUACGUUUGCUUCUCAAAUAUUCGAAUACUGGAAAUUAAGUAACAAAGAUUGUAAUGAUGGUGUUCUGCUUUUUUUUGUCAAAGAAGAUACACAUUUUAUAUUAAAAUGGAAAAAAGGAGCUCAAUCAAUAAUUAAUUUUAGAACAGCGACUUCUAUGAAUAAAUCUUUUAAUCAAUAUAUACGAAAAUAUUCACUGGAAUACUCUAUUUUGAGCGCUGUAAAAUUAACAUCGCAAUAUUUGACGGAGGAAAUAAUUCCACCAACACAAACUGCUCAAAAGGUUGUAGCGUUUACAAUAGUAAUUGUAGUUGGUUUAGCAUAUCUCGCAUUUAUAUUAAUAGUUUUCGCGGAUGCUCAGAUGGAUAAUAAAUAA